AGCGUGAUUUUCAAGGAGCCGUUGAAAAGGCAACGUUCUCUGCCAGGCUGAAAGAUGGUCGACGAUUUUGAAGGGAAACAACAACAACACGGUUCUACAACUGCUACUACAAAUGUCAAACGGGCCACUACACUGAACGACAGCAUUCGUAACAAUGAGUAAUAUCUACAUUCAGGAGCCAGCCACAGAAGGCAAGGUCCUCCUAGUUACAAGUGCUGGCGAUUUCGACAUUGAAUUGUGGUCUCGAGAGGCUCCUAAGGCCUGUCAGAAUUUUGUCCAGCUAUGCUUAGAGGGAUACUAUAAUGGAACAAUAUUUCACAGAGUUGUUCCUGGUUUUAUUGUCCAGGGUGGCGACCCCACUGGUACAGGGGAGGGAGGAGAGUCAGUCUAUGGGAAGCCUUUUAGGGAUGAAUUCCAUUCCCGACUCCGUUUCGUGCGCCGAGGCUUGGUUGCCGCCAUGGCCAAUGCUGGUCCCAAUGAUAAUGGGUCUCAAUUUUUCUUCACUCUUGGUCCCUGCCCAGAACUUCAAAACAAGCAUACAGUUUUUGGUAAAAUCACUGGUGAUACUAUUUACAAUUUACCAAGAUUUGAGGAAGGUGAAAUUGGGAAGGAUGAUCGACCAGAAUAUCCCCAUAAAAUUGUCAAGACAGAGGUAUUGAAUAACCCGUUUCCAGAUAUUACUCCUCGAAUGAAAAUUGAAAAUGAGAUUCCCAGAGAGGAACGAAGGAAAAAGAAGAAGGGUACCAAGUAUGUAAGACUGGUUUUUGGACACUGA